AAAAUGGCGGCCGCCAUUGAGGGGCUUCUGUUCCCUGAUCGUCACCGGCGCUGCUGAGCCAACCUCGUCUUUUCUCGCUCUUGAACUUGGAUGCGACAAAGGGUUGGGAAGGGCAGUGGACGGAGUUGGGGGAGGACUGACGAGAUUUUAAAGAACUCUUUCUUUGAAUUCAUGGUGUUUCAUCCUACAUACGACUGAGAUACCAAACCUUUUGGAUUGUUGUUAUUGGACCGAAAAAAUGACAUCUAUUAUCAAAUUAACUACCCUUUCUGGGGUCCAGGAAGAGUCUGCUCUUUGCUAUCUUCUCCAAGUCGAUGAGUUUAGAUUUUUAUUGGACUGUGGCUGGGAUGAGCACUUUUCUAUGGAUAUUAUAGAUUCCCUGAGGAAGCAUGUUCACCAGAUUGAUGCAGUACUGUUGUCUCACCCCGAUCCUCUCCAUCUUGGCGCCCUUCCCUAUGCUGUCGGAAAGUUGGGUCUGAACUGUGCUAUCUAUGCAACCAUUCCUGUUUAUAAAAUGGGGCAGAUGUUCAUGUAUGAUCUUUAUCAGUCCCGACACAAUACAGAAGAUUUUACACUCUUUACACUAGAUGAUGUGGAUGCAGCCUUUGAUAAAAUACAGCAGUUAAAAUUCUCUCAGAUUGUGAAUUUGAAAGGUAAAGGACAUGGCUUGUCUAUCACACCUCUGCCAGCUGGUCAUAUGAUAGGUGGAACAAUAUGGAAAAUAGUCAAAGAUGGAGAAGAAGAAAUUGUUUAUGCAGUUGACUUCAACCACAAGAGGGAGAUCCACUUAAAUGGAUGUUCCCUGGAAAUGCUAAGCAGACCCUCUCUACUUAUCACAGAUUCAUUUAAUGCUACGUAUGUGCAGCCCAGGAGAAAACAAAGAGACGAGCAACUUCUGACAAAUGUCCUGGAAACACUUCGAGGUGAUGGAAAUGUGUUAAUAGCAGUGGACACUGCAGGCAGAGUUUUGGAACUUGCUCAACUCCUUGAUCAAAUUUGGAGAACUAAAGAUGCAGGAUUGGGUGUUUACUCAUUGGCACUCCUAAAUAAUGUCAGUUAUAAUGUGGUGGAGUUUUCUAAGUCCCAGGUAGAAUGGAUGAGUGAUAAAUUGAUGAGAUGUUUUGAAGACAAAAGAAAUAAUCCAUUUCAGUUUCGUCAUCUCUCUCUAUGUCAUGGUCUUUCUGACUUGGCUCGAGUACCUAGCCCUAAAGUGGUACUUGCCAGCCAGCCCGACCUGGAAUGUGGAUUUUCAAGGGAUCUCUUUAUUCAGUGGUGCCAGGACCCUAAAAACUCGAUCAUUCUAACUUACAGAACUACUCCUGGGACUUUAGCACGUUUCCUAAUUGAUAAUCCUUCUGAAAAAAUUACAGAAAUAGAGUUGAGGAAACGUGUGAAACUUGAAGGGAAAGAACUUGAAGAAUACUUGGAAAAAGAGAAACUAAAGAAAGAAGCUGCUAAAAAACUUGAACAGUCAAAAGAGGCAGACAUAGAUUCCAGUGAUGAGAGUGACGUUGAGGAAGAUAUUGACCAGCCAUCAGCUCAUAAGACUAAGCAUGACCUGAUGAUGAAAGGUGAAGGUAGUCGUAAAGGAAGUUUCUUCAAACAGGCUAAAAAGUCUUAUCCUAUGUUUCCUGCCCCAGAAGAAAGAAUUAAAUGGGAUGAAUAUGGAGAAAUUAUCAAACCAGAGGAUUUCUUAGUGCCAGAACUUCAAGCUACUGAAGAAGAAAAAAGCAAAUUAGAGUCUGGCCUGACAAAUGGAGAUGAACCCAUGGAUCAGGAUUUAUCUGAUGUUCCUACUAAGUGUAUUUCUACAACAGAAUCUAUAGAAAUAAAAGCCAGGGUUACUUACAUAGACUAUGAAGGACGCUCUGAUGGGGAUUCCAUUAAAAAAAUCAUCAAUCAGAUGAAACCGCGACAGUUGAUCAUUGUCCAUGGACCACCAGAGGCCAGUCAGGAUCUUGCAGAGUGCUGCCGUGGGUUUGGUGGGAAAGAUAUUAAAGUGUACAUGCCAAAGCUACAUGAAACAGUCGAUGCCACUAGUGAAACUCAUAUCUACCAGGUGAGAUUAAAAGAUUCACUUGUCAGCUCCCUUCAGUUUUGUAAGGCAAAAGAUGCUGAAUUAGCUUGGAUAGAUGGUGUCUUAGACAUGAGAGUUUCCAAAGUGGACACAGGAGUUAUUUUAGAAGAAGGAGAACUAAAGGAUGAUGGAGAAGACUCAGAAAUGCAAGUGGACGCUCCUUCAGAUUCUAGCGUUAUAGCACAGCAGAAGGCCAUGAAAAGUCUGUUUGGAGACGAUGAGAAAGAAACAGGUGAAGAAAGUGAGAUCAUUCCUACUUUGGAACCCUUACCACCUCAUGAGGUUCCUGGACAUCAGUCAGUUUUUAUGAAUGAACCAAGACUGUCGGACUUCAAACAAGUUCUUUUAAGGGAGGGGAUCCAAGCUGAGUUCGUAGGAGGUGUACUCGUUUGCAACAAUCAAGUAGCAGUCCGUAGAACGGAAACUGGACGCAUUGGAUUAGAAGGCUGCCUUUGUCAAGAUUUUUAUAGGAUAAGAGACCUUUUAUAUGAACAGUAUGCCAUUGUGUAAAGGACAUGAUGUCAAGAAGUAUCUGUUUGACCUUUCUAAGAAAAAAGGAUUCUUACUCUAAGCUUUUGCUUUUUCGUUUUGUAACAUACAGAAAGAAUCUGCCAGAAAAACUUAACAUGCAUUAGAUUUUUUAAAAUGUAAAUAGAAACCAUAUUGCUAAUGCUCAAAUGAGCAUGCUACCUUUUGGCUUUCAGAGUGAGAGAUCCUUACAAGUGUGCAGGCCCUGGAGUUGAAGGUGAUUGGCUUCCUUUAGAGACCCCUUAUUCUAGAAGGGCUUGUUACUUGAAUAAAACAAUGCAACUUAGCAAACCAGUUCAUGGCCUUAGAGAAACAUGUUUGCAUGAAUUCUUGCAAACUGUUUCUUAUAUUUUCUGGAAUGAAAAAUGAGAAUUUAUCUUAAAAAGAUGCACUAUAAAAAAACCCUGAUGAAACAGUUUUUUGAGCCUAUGUAUUCAAAAAACAAAAAAAAACAGAGUGUGUGCUGUAAUUCUUUUGAAUUCCUGUAUGCAGUUUUCUUCACAGGGAGCUUAUCUACUCCAUGCCUACGUUUCCCAGUAAUUCACUCUACUGUGAGAUGGUACACAUUUGGUUCAGAAACCAGUUUUUAUUUCUCCCAUUUCCUGUCUUAUCAAGAUUUUAUUGUUGUUGUUGUUCAGCUUGAAUUAUAACACCAUCAUUUGAAUAUACAUAAUUCAGAAAAACUCCUUGACGUGUUCUAGUCUUAAAGGUCCUGCAUACAUUUUAAACACAUCUUAACUAUCAGCUAGGUUACUGUACUGAAGACUGUUUUGUGCUUUGCUUUUAGGGAAACAAAUGUUGAACCUCAUAUUUUUAUAAGGUAGCAGUAUAAUUAAAAGGUGUAAAGGUCUUCAUCUCUUAGGCUUGCUUUCUCCUAAGGUUGCCCAAGCAGUGGUUGGAUUUUAUACACAUUACUGCAGAAAUAAUACUGAAGUUGAAUAAGG